CCGCCGCGUGUGUCACCGCGUCCGCGUCCCGCCCGCCCCGCGUCCCCAGCGCUUUGGUUCCGGGCGGGGCGGAGCCUCUCCGGUGAUGGCGGCGGCGGCGGCGGCGGCGGCCGGGGCGAGCCGCGGGCUCUGGGCGCGCCUCGGGGACACGCGGCUCGCCCUGUGGCUCCGCGCUCUCCUCCGGGACUACUCCUCCUCGCUGCGCGAAGCCGCCUCCUCCGCCCGCCGCCGCCCCGCCGUCACGGCCGCCUCGCUGGCCGCGCUGGCUCUCGGUACCGGCCUGGCCCGCUCGGUACCGGACCGCAGCUCCCUGGAGGGCGCGGCGGUGGCGGCGGGAGCGCAGCUGGGGCAGCUCCCUCCCGGUUCACGGAGCCCCCGCGCCGAGCGCCACGUGCAGCGCCUGCUGCGCCUCCGGGAGCGGCACCGGAUCCGCGUCCGCUCCUUCGGCCUCCUGGCCGUGGCCGGUACCGACCCGCACGGCGCCGAGCCCGCGCUCUACCGGGCGCGCUGCCCGCACCUGCGGCCGCGGCUGUGGGAGCGGGGCUCGCUGCUGGACCUGGGCUUCCUGGGCCGCUGGUGGCUGCUGGAGGCGGCGCUGCGCGACUGCGACAUCAACGAGGAGGAGUUCGGGCGGCUGCCGGCGGCGCUGCGCACCCUGCGGCCCCGGGAGCUCCGCUCCGAACGGAACGAGCGGCUGCACCGGGAGAGCCGCGCCGCCGUGCUGCUCUGCCCGGCCGAGCUCGGCCCGGAGGAGCCGUGAAAAGGGUUCAUCUUGGGGGGUAAUAAAGGCGAGGCUCGGAGUUGUGCGGGGGUUUUGUCAUAGAGAAAGCACAAAAUCCUCCACCUCCCAAAAAAAACCAAAUAAAAAAGUCCUGAUAAAACCCCCCCAAAAACCCACCAAAAACCAACCUAAAAGCCCAAAGCUCUCCCAAAAAACAACAAAAAACCAAUCAAAAAGCCCUCGAAAAACCCAAACAGAGAAACACCAAUAAAACCCAAAAAACCCUAAAAUUUUCCCAAAAAUACCCCAAUGAAACCCCCCCAAAAAACCCAAAUAGAGAAACACCAAUAAAACCCCCAAACACCCCAAAAAACCCUAAAAAAUCCCCCAAAAAACCCCAAUGAAACCCCCCAAAAAGCCCCCCCAAAAAACCCAAUAAAAACCAAAAAAUCCCCAAUAAACCCCCCCAAAAAACAAGAAACCUUUCCCCCAAAAAAAUACCUCAAAAACACCCCAAAAAAAAUCACACAAAAAAACCCCAAAACCCCCAAAAAAAACCCCAAUGAAAACCCCCAAAAAACCCCCAAAAACACAAAAAGAAACCCCAAUAAAAACCCAAAACACCUCCAAAAAACUAAAAAAAAAAACCCAAAAAAACCAAAAAGAAACCCAAAAGAGCCGCCCCAAAACCCCAAAAAACUGAACAAAGAAACCCCAAUAAAAACCCAAAACACCUCCAAAAAACCAAACAAAAAACCCCCAAAAAAUAACCCCAAACCAAAAAAAAAACCCCAAUAAAACCCCGAAAUCCCCCAAAAACCCCGAAGCGCGGCCCCGGCAGGAGGAGUUCGGGCGGCUGCGGGCGGCGCUGCGCACCCUGCGGCCCCGGGAGCUCCGCUGCGAACGGAACGAGCGGCGGCACCGGGAGAGCCGCGCCGCCGUGCUGCUCUGCCCGGCCGAGCUCGGCCCGGAGGAGCCGUGAAAAGGGUUAAUAAAGGAGAGGUCGCGGUUUGGA